AUGGAAAUACGGAUUGGUCGACUACGAACGACAAUCUUGGAUGCUCCAGAAGAUUCACGCAUAUCACAGCAUCAUGCUGCUACAAUCAACGCAACUCCUUUUACACUACUGCGAAUUCUUCGACUACUGAAACUUCCUAUACCAUUUACCGCUCUUUUGCUCAUAAUAUUUCUGAUACUAUGUGUUCCAUUUACCAAUGCUAAACAUCACAAAAUCCAUUUUGAAAAUCUUUGUAAAGAACCUGUUGACUUGAACUGGAGGUUAUUUCGAUGGUUUACUGAAACGUCCGAAUUAGAAAUUCUGGAAAUUGGUGAUGAAGACUGGAAUCCACCAGUGCCAGAAUCAAGUUUUUGUAGUACCAAACCAGAAACAGGCAUUAAUUCUACAACAAUACAACGGUCUCUGUGCCCAUGGCAAUGGAAAUUGAAUCAUGAUGAAAAUCGAGAGCCAAAGAUUAUUUCUGAAGCACAUUGUUUAUGUCGUCGUAGUCGUGGGAGUUCAGGCUCGUUUUGUAUGCCAAUUAAACGACAGGUAGCUGUACUGAAGCGGAUUCGAUGUGACCCGACAACAGGAUACUAUGAAUACACUCGGGCACUGCAAACCGUAACUGUUGGAUGUCAUUCAGUACUACCAAGAAGCCAAAAAGCCAGUCCUUUGGCAAAAUUGUAUAGAAAAACUAACACAAUUGAAAUUUAA